AUAUUUUAAUAAGCAUCUUAUUAUGAAUCGUGCAACCUAGAAAACCACAGUGAGAACAGAUGAAAAUAUGUCUAUGGGAGAAAUGCCUCCAACAAACUCAGACAUUUGGGGUCAAUCUAUGUCAAGUAGUAUCAAGAAGUGCAAGGACAGCAUGAGAAGAAGGUUCAAUGAUGAGCAGAUUAAGUCACUGGAGAACAUGUUCUCGACAGAGUCGAGACCUGAGCUGAGAACAAAACAACAAUUGGCUAGAAGUCUAGGACUGCAGCCAAGACAAGUAGCUAUAUGGUUUCAGAACAAGAGAGCUAGAUCAAAAUCCAAGCAACUUGAAUUGGAGUAUAGAAUGCUUCAAAUGAGUUAUGACAACUUGGGUUCCAAGUAUGAAUUACUCAAGAAAGAGCAUGAAUCCUUGCUCCUCCAGCUGCAGAGACUUAGAAAGUUAACUGAAAAGGGUGGCACUGAGGAGAUUCAGAAAGAUGGGAUCAAAUCAGAAACAGAGCAAUUUGCACCAGAAAAUUGCAGCGCUGAAUUUGGCUUACCUUUGUGUGAAGACAACAGGGGAAUUGACUACUUGGGACCAGAAUCUGAUAUUCUAGACAUGGCACAAAUAGCUGAUGGCUUAUCCGAAAUUGAAAACGAAUACAACUACGAGUCGAGAACGUUUCUUGAUAAUUCUGGUUGUACAUCACCAUUGUGGGAAUUUUAAUGUUGCAAGUUUGCUGCUGUUUCAAAACCAUUUUGUUACUAGAAUCAAAUGAAUUUAAAACGAUGAAUAGUGGAAUAAUCAGAUGUAAAUAAGCAUAGUUAAACCUGUUUGGCACCAA